CUUCAAGAACACCCAGGAGUGCCCUACCAGAGGAUCGCAGUUGUAACUCAGAGCCAGGCCCUGUAACACUUUAACAGUCAUCAUAGGAUAUUAGGGGCUCAUUGGAUACGUCAUUUUGACUGUUUAUACCCAGUUAACAGCACUCUUUAAUGAUGAGAAGCACUCUUUAACUUAAUUGUCUGUUUGGUGUGUUACGACAGCUGAUUGCCUGUCACUGAUGUGUUUUUGUGCAGUUGCAACAUCAUGCCAGUAGAUGGGAGAGAGAACCCGGCGCCCUCAUCCCUAUCCAGCCCAACCAAUGCUGCCCUGAUGCUGGGAGAGACAGAGGAUGAUGGGGUCAGCAGAAGCUCAGCGGUAUGCACCAUCCCUGCAAAGAGUGAGGGGUCUGAGGCUGCCACGGCCUCCCCAGCCAACACCGAACCUGGGGAGGGUAGCAGUGGGAGCAAGAGGCCCGGAGCCCUGGUGCAGAUCGACCGGCAGCGAAUCCAAGCAGCGUCUGCCAGUUCAGGAGCAGCUGAGUUGCAGGUUCUUGGCGUUGCUGUAUAUGACCAGGAUAUUCUGGAGCAGGGUGUGCUGCAGCAGGUGGACCAGGCUAUCCAAGAGGCGAGCCAGGCAGCUGCCAAGGCCGAGGCAGAAAAGGAGUACCAGUCUGUGCUGGAUGAUGUCAGGUCUGUUACAGCAGCUCUUAAACAUAUAAACAAGAUUAUAGAGCAGCUGACCCCUUACGCUACCUCCAGCAAAGACAUCGGCAGGAAGAUUGAGUCUGUUAAGCGACAGAAAGAGAACAAGGAGAAGCAGCUGAAGAAAAUCAGGGCCAAACAACGGAGGCUUCAGGCAGUUCUUGGUGGAGAGGACGCCCUGAGGGUGGAGGCUGAGCUACUAGCAGAGGAUGACGGGGUGGCAGAGCCUGAGCCGUCCACACUGGGCAGCAUGCUCAUGCCAGCGCAGGAAACGGAGUGGGAGGAGCUUAUCCGGACAGGUCAAAUGACUCCAUUUGGAACAAUGAUCCCUGUGAAGGAGGAAAGGAAGGAGCCUCGAAAAGUGAUGCUGGCUGAGAACUCCGCCUUCGACCAGUACUUGGCUGACCAAGCCAAGUUGGCUACAGAUAGGAAGAGACCCACGCCUCUAAAGCGGCGGAAGGGCACCGGGAUCAGUCCUGAUGGGGAGGCUAAGAAGAGAAGUAAUAAAGUGGCAGUGUCCUCCAAGGAUAGAAAGCUGCAGAAACGCUUGAGAAAGCUCCAGAUAACUGCCCUGAGAGCCCACCCUAAGGCUCGGCCCAAGCCUGAGCCGCAGCUCCCUCAGGCCAGGAAGAAGAGACACCACGCCGAUGGAGACGAGACAGACAGCGAGGGGUUAGAGUAUCUGCCCAGUGAUGAGGGUUUCGAUCCUGUCAAAGAAGAAAGGGAAGACCUGGAAGAGGGAUUUGGAGUGGAUGAUGAUGAUGAAGAGUACGAGUUAAAGGCUUACAAGAGAAUGAGUGAGGGAAAAAGGAGGAAGAAGGUGAAGGUAAAGGAGGAGAGUGAAGAGGAGUACUGCCCGGACAGUUCGGAGGAAGAGGAGGGUCCUGAGAAGAGGGGAAAAGGAAAGAAAUGCAAAGAUGACGGCGAUGUGGAGUUCUACAGACAGCGAAUCAGGAGGUGGAAGAAGCAGCGUCUCCGAGAAAGGCAGGAAAAGAGAGAAAGGGGUGAGGAGGAGACCGACGACAGCGACGCGGAGUUCGAUGAGGGGUUCAAAAUGCCUGGUUUCCUCUGGAAGAAACUUUUCAAGUACCAGCAGACAGGUGUGCGGUGGAUGUGGGAACUCCACUGUCAGCAGGCGGGCGGCAUCCUGGGAGAUGAGAUGGGAUUGGGUAAAACCAUCCAGGUCAUCGGCUUUCUGGCCGGACUGAGCUACAGCAAACUGAGGACGCGAGGGUGCAACUACAGGUACACUGGGCUCGGACCUACAGUCAUCGUGUGCCCAGCUACAGUCAUGCACCAGUGGGUGAAGGAGUUCCACGUUUGGUGGCCUCUAUUCCGAGUGGCCAUUCUGCAUGAGACCGGCUCUUUCACAAGCCACAAGGAGAAGCUGAUUCCUGAGAUAGUAGCAUGUCAUGGCAUCCUGAUUACCUCAUACUCAGCCGUGAGGAUAAUGCAGGACACCCUGCAACGCUAUGACUGGCACUAUGUCAUACUGGACGAGGGCCACAAGAUCAGGAACCCAAACGCUGGAGUUACUGUUGCAUGCAAACAGUUCCGAACCCCCCACAGGUUCAUCCUGUCCGGCUCGCCCAUGCAGAACAACCUGAAGGAGCUGUGGUCCCUGUUCGACUUUGUUUUCCCCGGCAAACUCGGCACUCUUCCCGUUUUCAUGGAGCAGUUCUCCGUGCCCAUAACCAUGGGAGGUUACAGCAACGCUUCACCUGUGCAGGUGCAGACAGCGUACAAGUGUGCCUGCGUGCUGAGGGACGCCAUAAACCCUUACUUGCUCAGGCGGAUGAAGGCGGAUGUCAAGGCCAACCUCUCCUUGCCUGACAAAAACGAGCAGGUUCUGUUUUGCAGGUUAACAGAGGAGCAGCAUCAGGUGUAUCAGAGCUUCUUGGAUUCCAAAGAGGUCUACCAGAUACUGAACGGGGAUAUGCACGUUUUCUCUGGUUUGAUAGCACUGCGGAAGAUCUGUAACCACCCGGACCUGUUCUCGGGCGGGCCCCGGCUCCUGAGGGGUAUCCCAGAGGACCAGCUCACUGAGGAGGAGCACUUUGGCUUCUGGAAACGCUCGGGCAAGCUGAUUGUGGUGGAGUCCCUGCUGCGUCUCUGGUUCAGGCAAGGCCAGAGAGUGCUGCUCUUCACCCAGUCCAGACAGAUGUUGGAGAUCUUGGAGGUUUUUGUCAGGGAGAACAACUACUCCUACCUGAAAAUGGACGGCACCACGACCAUCGCCUCCCGACAGCCUCUCAUCGCUCGCUUCAAUGAGGAUGAGUCGAUUUUCAUCUUUCUGUUGACCACCAGAGUGGGAGGUCUAGGAGUCAACCUCACUGGAGCCAACAGAGUCAUAAUCUAUGACCCAGACUGGAACCCGAGCACUGACACCCAGGCGAGAGAGCGAGCAUGGAGGAUCGGUCAGAAGCAGCAAGUGACGGUCUACAGACUGCUGACAGCAGGGACCAUAGAGGAGAAAAUCUACCACAGGCAAAUCUUCAAGCAGUUUCUGACCAACCGUGUUCUGAAGGACCCCAAACAAAGGCGCUUCUUCAAGUCCAAUGACGUCUAUGAGCUCUUCACUCUCUCCAACCCAGAUGGAACUCAGGGGACCGAGACCAGUGCCAUAUUUGCAGGUACGGGGUCUGAUGUUCGUGUUCCCAAGAAACCAGCGAGGCUAAGGUCAUCACACAGGUCAAAACACUCCAGCAGUAACCGUAAGCACUCUUCAGCCAACCAGAACGCUGCUCCUGAAGACAGCAACCCCUCCCAACCCGACACUUGUGCAACGAGAGACGGGGAGGGAAAUUCCUCACUUAGUGAAAACUCUCAGGGUACACCAAACGGCUUUCAUGAUGGUCAAAUUACAGAUCAGAACGAGUUACACGUGGACUUGGGUACACGGCAUAUAGGAGAGCAACACGGAGACCGGGUCAGAGCCAGCCCCGAACAAACAGCCAAACGCUCCGACUCCCCCGGUCAGCAAGGGCACGGAAAUGGAGCCUCCGCCCUCAGCAGCCCUCAGAAACACAGGAAGAAGAAGAAGCACUGUGGCUCGGAAAACACGGACGGAGGCAAACGAAGGACACACGACCAUUCCCAGAACGCUCGAUUUGAGGGCCAGCGCAUCUCCCAUUUGGUUAAGAGGAGGACCUAUAAGAAAGAGGAGAGCGACGAUGGGAAGGACAAAGAGGAUGAAAAGAAAAGCGAUGAUUAUGUGCUGGCCAAGCUCUUCAAGAAAUCUGGUAUCCAUAGUGUGAUGCAGCACGAUAGUAUCAUUGAGGCCUCCAACCCGGACUAUGUUUUGGUAGAAGCGGAGGCCAACCGGGUGGCCAAAGACGCCCUGAAAGCCCUCAAAACGUCUCGCCAGCAGGUCAGGCUGCCGUACAAUAGACCUCCUCCCCCGCCUGACAGGAAACGGUUUGGCCAAAAGAAAAACUCUCUUUUUUCUGCCCCUUCUGCUUCGCCCACCUCCACCACAAACAAGUGCAAGGACGCUGCUAUUAUCAAGAAAUCCAUUUCCAGGAAGCCUGGUUCGGGGACUCAUUUCAGCGGCGAGGGCUCCGAGGAAGGAGACUCGCUGUCCUCGUCCUCUCUGCUGGCCAGAAUGAGAGCCCGCAAUCAUCUCAGCCUGCCCGCCAGCCGAGGGGAGGAUGAAGAAGAGGAGGGCGGAGCUGGAGGAUCCGGCGGCCCCCCAAUACCCCAAACCGAACACGAUGAACUGCUGGUGGACCUGCGCAACUUCGUGGCCUUCCAGGCCCACGUGGACGGACAGGCCAGCACCCAGGAGGUGCUGGAAUACUUCACACCCAGACUGACCAAGGAACAGGCCCCCGUCUUCAGAGAGCUGCUCAGGAGCAUCUGUGACUUCCACAGGACCUCUGGACAGGAGGGCAUAUGGAGGCUGAAAGAGAGCUUUCGCUGAGCGGAUG